UCUACAAUGUUCCGAAGGCUGCUGGAUAAUCACGCCUGCGCUGCGAUCCGGGCCGGAAAAUUCACAGGAAGAACAAGUGGAGCCUGGAGGAGCAACAAAGGGAGAUUCUAAUCAUUUGUUUGCUAAGGGCAAGGCUUUAUCUCUUUUAAGAUAGGCUGGGCAGUGAUUAGAGAUGAAGAAAUCACCGUUGCCAUUGCAAAAUAUAUGUGGAAAUGAGAAGAAGAUCAUCGGAAAGGAAGCACUGGUGAAGCUUUUGAGAUGGCAUUUUGGUUUUUCUGAUUUUAGAGGCAAGCAAUUGGAAGCUAUUCAAGCUGUCUUAUCAGGGAGAGAUUGCUUUUGUUUGAUGCCAACUGGAGGAGGCAAGUCAAUGUGUUAUCAGAUUCCUGCACUUGCAAAACCAGGGAUUGUGCUUGUUGUUUCUCCCUUGAUAGCCUUGAUGGAAAACCAGGUGAUGGCAUUGAAGGAGAAAGGAAUUGCUGCGGAAUUUCUAUCCUCAACGCAAACAUCACAUGUCAAAAAUAAAAUUCAUGAAGACCUGGAUUCUGGAAAACCAUCCACAAGGUUGCUGUAUGUUACUCCUGAAUUGAUUGCAACACCAGGAUUUACGUCAAAGUUAACAAGGAUUCAUGCUAGAGGUUCCUUGAAGCUCAUUGCCAUAGAUGAGGCACACUGCAUAUCAACAUGGGGCCAUGAUUUCAGGCCUAGCUAUCGUAAACUUUCAUCUAUGAGGAGUUGCCUUCCUGAUGUACCAAUACUAGCUUUGACCGCUACAGCUGUUCCUAAAGUUCAGAAGGAUGUAAUAGAUUCCUUAUGCUUGCAAGACCCUUUGGUUCUGAAAUCUUCCUUUAACCGUCCAAAUAUAUAUUAUGAAGUUAGAUAUAAAGAUCUCCUUGAUGAUGCCUAUGCUGAUUUGUCAUUCGUACUCAAAUCUAGUGGGGAUGUCUGUGCAAUUAUUUACUGCCUUGAGCGAACAACUUGUGAUGUCUUGUCUGCCCAUCUUUCCAAAAAUGGCAUUUCCUGUGCUGCUUACCAUGCAGGAUUGAACAAUAAAUUGCGAAGCUCUGUUUUAGAUGAUUGGAUGUCUUCCAAAAUACAAGUUGUUGUUGCUACAGUGGCUUUUGGGAUGGGUAUAGAUAGAAAGGAUGUCAGAAUAGUUUGUCACUUUAAUGUUCCGAAGUCGAUGGAAGCUUUCUAUCAAGAGUCAGGUAGAGCUGGUCGUGAUCAAUUGCCCUGCAGAAGUCUAUUGUACUAUGGAGUUGAUGAUCGCAAGAAAAUGGUAAGGUCACCAGCUUCAUCACUUCUAUCUCCAUUUAUUUGCUUUUCAUUUAUUAUAAGGUGCUUGGCUGAACCUAUAGAAGUAUAUUCCAUGACUCCUUUGUGGCAGGAAUUUAUUCUAAGAAGUGCUGCAAGCAAACAGUCAGAGUCCUCAAGUUCACAGGAUAGGUUGUCAAAAAAAUCCAUUUCUGACUUCAAUCAGAUGGUUGAGUAUUGCGAGGGUUCUGGAUGCCGUAGGAAAAAGAUUCUUGAAAGUUUUGGAGAACAGAUGUCUGCAUCGCUGUGUAAAAAAUCGUGCGAUGCUUGCAAACAUCCAAACUUAGUUGCCAAGUAUUUGGAGGAGCUCUUAACGGUUUGCACUUCUCAUCAGAGAAAUGGCUCUUCUCGAAUUUUUAUAAGCAGCUCCACAGAUAUGACUCAUGGAGAACAAUUCUCAGAAUUCUGGAAUCAUGAUGAUGAAGGCGGCACUUCUGAGGAAGAUAUAUCUGAUUCAGAUGAUGGUACUGAGAUUGUGAGGAGCCUAGCCGGUUCUAAGUUGUCAAGAAAAUCAGGAGUGAAGGACAAGAUUGAGUUCUUGCAGCAUGCAGAAGAAAAUUAUUAUCGCAAUAAAAACUCUGAUAAACAGGUCAAUAAGCUUGACAAGAAUGCUAUAUCAGAAACAAUGAGAGAAUCAAGCAGACAAAGAUUUUUAAAUGCUCUGAAGGAGGCUCAGCAACGCCUUGGCACCUUGAGCAUUGAAUUUGAAGCAUCGGCUGUCUUCUUUGAAAACCAGUGCUACAAGAAGUAUGGGAAGAGUGGGAAAAGUUUCUAUUAUUCUCAAGUUGCGAGCACGCUGAGGUGGAUAAAAAUGGCAAAUUCCUGUGAGUUAACUGAUCGGCUGCUGAGCGUUAUCCCUGCCCCUCUUGAGAACACCUUGCCCAAGGAAGAACCUCCUAAGGAACCAUCGCUGUUGUUGCAGAAUCACCCAAUGAAAGCUACUGAUGUAGAACUCCAUAGCAAUGUUGGAACAGAAACUACGAUGUGUAGUCCAUUACAAACACAAAAAGCUUCUUUGAGUGCUAGGUUGCCGGCCAUUCCUUCCUUCUCAGAGUUUGUGAACAGAAAAAAGACUAAAAACAAUAAUCCAGGUAUGUCAGAAAAUCAAUCACCCCAUAGUUCAAAGAAGAGCUCAGAGAAGAGGAUGAGGUUGCAAUAAGGCAAAUUUGGAGCGCUCUCUCUCUCUCUCUGUGCAGUUAUAUAUAUUGGAUUAACUGGUAGAUGUAUGAAACUCUGUUACAAAUUUUGAAAAAGCUAGACAAUUUUUAAUUAUAAUCCUCUUUCUUGAUUAA